CUCCCCACCUUUUCUUCAUGACUCCCUCUUCAUCAAGCUUCGUCACGUCUGAGAACUCAGUCCCCAUCCUCCCCUUCUCCACUUCGUCAUCUUCCCAGCUUAACACGUUUCUCAGAGCCAGCGAGGCAGUCGGAGAGGAAAGGUCAACCUUUCGUUCUAGUAAUGGAUUCAAGUCAACUGUGACGACAUCUUCGCUGUUUCCAAACGCUUCUUCUUCUUUUUCUCCUCCUCCUUUCCUCUCCCUUCCCGGCGGUCUCAGCCCAGCCGUAUUCCUCAACUCCCCUAUUCCUCUCUCUUCUUCUAAUGCACAGAUUUUAGCAUCUGAAGCAAUUGGGAGUACUUUUCCUACGCAAACCAUUACUUGGACGGGAAACAAUACUAAUUAUCUGCACGAGUUAAAGGAAGAUCGAUAUCAUAACAAGUCAUACUCUAAUUUCUCAUUCGAAACAUCUACAAGGCCUGCAAGCUUGAAAAGUUCUUCCUUCCAUCCUUCUACAAUAGGAUUCAUGGCUUCUGAAGAAGAGGCUUUCGAGGCAGCAAAUCAGCAAUCAUGGAGCUAUCAGCAACCACCUUUAAUAACUUCAAAUGAUCAGAUUCCUAACUUGCAAGCAAGCAGUCAGUCAGAGUACAACUGCAACUAUUCAAAUAUCUCGGCUCAAAGCCUGAGAGAGCAAAGAAGAUUAGAUGAUGGAUACAAUUGGAGAAAAUAUGGGCAGAAAAAAGUUAAAGGUACUGAGAAUCCAAGAAGCUACUAUAAGUGCACUUACCCGAAUUGCCCAACGAAGAAGAUGGUGGAGAGAUCAUUAGACGGACAUAUAACUGAGAUCAUAUACAAAGGAACACAUAGUCAUCCAAAGCCACAACGCAUAAGAAAGAAUUCAUCUUCUUUUGAAGGAUUUCAAGGUUCAACUCAUCAUGAAGGGAAAGAUCAUUCAUUCAACGGGCAAUUCGGUUCAAUCACAACUGAAAAUUCUUCUGCUUAUUAUGGCGACGCCCAUGAUAUAAAUAUGAACUCUCAGAGGAUGAGAGCAGUUGGACCUGAUUAUGAUGACGACGAAGCUGAUGCCAAGAAAUGGAAGAUGGAGGGUGAAGUUGAAGGGAUCUCAAUUUCCAGCGAUAGAACUGUUAGAGAGCCUAAAGUGAUGGUUCAAACAACGAGCGAUAUCGACGUUCUCGACGAUGGAUAUCGGUGGAGAAAGUAUGGGCAGAAGGUGGUGAAGGGAAAUCCAAAUCCAAGGAGUUACUACAAGUGCACAACAUUAGGUUGUUCAGUGAGGAAACAUAUUGAAAGAGCAUCAACUGACUUACGAGCGGUGAUUACAACCUAUGAGGGCAAGCACAAUCAUGAUGUCCCCGCACCUCGAGGAAGCGGAGGCUUGACCAACAAGACUUCGUUUGAUGACAACAACAAUAUUAGAACUAACAACAGCAGCAGCAGCAGCAGCUACAACAUGAGCAACUUUACAAUGGCUGUAAGGCCGUCGGUGGCUUCUAAUUCAUUUUUCAGCCCAAGAACUAAUGGAAUGGAUGGAAUAGGAUUCUUUAGAUAUGAGAAUUCAAUGAAUUCUUUAUUUGCUAAUGAAUUGCAAAAGCAGAACCAGCUUCAGCAUUUGCAGAAGCAAGGCGAGAGUGUGUUAUCUAAGGCCAAAAAGGAGCCACGAGAUGAUUUGUUCACUGACUCGUUGCUAGGCUGAGCUGCAUGUGUUCAGCUUAGGAAAAGAAGGAAAUAGGUAGAAGAAGAAGGACAGGUGGCUCUACUUAAUUUAUUUUUAGUGACUGUUGAAAAAACAAAAAUUUGUCUUAUUUCUUCAUUUGUAUUGCACGAGUAAGAGUCUGCGGAUGUGGAUGUCCCAGACGAUUAUGCCAUAAAGACUUUGUGUUGCACGAUGUAUGAAGAGCAAGUGAGCUAUGAUUUGAGGAAGAAGAAGAUGGACUUAUUCUGGAUGUGGUUUGUGGAAUGGGAUAGAGCCUGUUAGAACAAAGCCUCUUGAGUAGAAUCUGUUGAUUUUGCAUAUCCUUGAUAACAAACCCAGAUGAAUCAAAAGAAACAAUGAGAUUGUUAUCCUUUGUUAAGUUUGAAAUAGACAUCAAAUUAUGAGAGAUGCUAGGAAUGUGGAAUAAUUGAUUCAAGUGAAGCUUACGUAUAGGUGUAGGUAGUAUACCGUUGCCAGUAUGAGCUAUGGACACAUAACUUCCAUUUCCCACUUGAACAUUAUCUGAUCCUUGAUAGCCAGUGGGGUUGUUAAUCCUGUUAAGAUGAUUGGUGAGAUGAAAUGAUGCUCUCGAAUCCAGAUACCAGUCUGGAUUGUUUUCUUAUGUAGUUGCUACUAGUGCUCUGGAUGUAUUACCAUUAGCAGGUGGAACAUAGGUAAUAUUCAUUCUAUGCCAGCAAACAUUUGCUAGAUGUCCCAUUUUGUUGCAUAUUUGCAUAUAUGAAGUGGUGACUGAGCUGGUUGCUGAGAUCGCUGUGUUGAUUAUUGUUCAUGUUUGAUCUAUCUCUUCCUCUUCGUCCUCGUCCUUUGUGUGUAUAUAACGCAACAUUUGGAACAGGGACGGUUGUAUAUAUUCCAAGUAUUCCACUUGAAUGUUGAUUUCUUCACUAAUUAAUAAUGAAUAUAAGUCUUCUAGACUUAUAGGAUUAAGCAUAGUCCUUAUUGACGUCUUGAAAGCAUUAUAUGUCGGUGGCAACCAGUUCAGUGUAUACACGAUUAUGUCUUCUACAUCUAUUUUUGAUCCUGCUGUAGAAAUUUUGUCCACAAUAUUCUUGAUUUCUA